UGUACUUCUCUCUCUCUCUCUCUCUCUCUCUCUCUCUCUGCGUCUGUCAGGGUUUAAAACUGCGAUAGAAAAUCAAGAAGUUACUGUCAGAGAAAUCAAACCCAAUAACUGAAGAAUCAUAUGGGAAGCUGGGGAGGUGAAGAAGAAGGAGAAGAAGAAAACAGGUGGCCGCCAUGGCUGAAACCUCUGCUGAGAGAAAGAUUCUUCGUGCAAUGCGAAUCCCACGCAGAAUCCCACAAGAGCGAAUGCAAUAUGUACUGCUUGGACUGCACCAACGGCCCUCUCUGCUCUCUCUGCCUCUCUUCCCACAAAGACCACCGCGCCAUUCAGAUAAGGAGAUCGUCGUACCACGACGUGAUUAGGGUUUCAGAGAUACAGAAGUACACGGACAUAAGUGGAAUUCAGACAUAUGUUAUAAACAGUGCCAAGGUCGUGUUCCUGAACGAAAGGCCUCAGCCUCGGCCCGGCAAAGGCGGCGGCGUCAACGCCUGCGAGGUCUGCUUCCGCGGCCUCGUCGAUUCCGUCCGCUUCUGUUCCCUCGGCUGCAAGAUGGUUGGGACAUCUAAGAGUGGUCGUAAGAAAAGAAAGGGUUGGAUAAACAACGUUUCAGAUUCGGAUGAUUCAUACAGCAGCAGCAAUGGCCAUGGAAGAAACAAAAGGAACGAUAACAACUACUUCACGCCGUCAACGCCGCCUCCGACGGCGGUCAUUCGCCGGACCCCCACCAAGCGGCGGAAGGGAAUUCCCCACCGCGCCCCUUUCGGCGGUCUAAUCAUACAUUACUGAUCAUGGUUAAUAUAGUAAUUUUGCCACUUAUAGAUUUCACUAGCAGUAGCUCGAUAUAUGGUGUAUACGUGUGUGUAUAUAUAUAUGGUUAUGGACUUAUGGUAUAAUGAAAUACAAAAGGCUUGACAUCA